UACCCUCACGUGCUCCUCGGGCGGUGUCCGCAAGGCAGAGCCUGGUCUAAGAUGGCAGCCGCGUGGUCCUUUCGAGGGAGGCAAUCCAAGCUUUUCCAACAGUCCCUGUGAGGACCCCGAGUCACUGAGUCACCUGCCCACUUGCCUGCUGCCUUUGUUGAAAGUCAUCAUGCCUCGGGGUCAGAAGAGCAAGCUUCGUACCCGUGAGAGACGCCGUCAGGCCCAAGUUGAACCCCAGAAUCUGGGUGUUCAGAGAGCCACAAGUACUUCAUCUACUGAGUCCAUCAGAGGCUGUAUAGAUGAUAAGGUGCUUAUAAUGGUGUAUUACCUGCUGUAUAAGUAUAACGUGAAAGAGCCUAUUAGCAAGGUGGAAAUGAUGAGAGAAGUAAUCCAGAUGUAUAAGAAUCACUACCUUGAGAUCCUCCAGAGAGCUGCUGAGCACAUGGAGAUGAUCUUUGGCCUUGACCUGAAGGAAGUGGAUCCCUACCGGCACAUCUACAUCCUUGUCGACAAAAUGGAAGCAAGCUGCGAUGCAAGGCUGAGAGAUCGGAUCGAGAUUCCCAAGACAGGCCUGCUGAUGGCUGUUCUGGGUGUGAUCUUCAUGCAGGGCAAUUGUGCUAGUGAGGAGCAAGUUUGGGAAGUCCUGAAUGUGAUGGGGUUAUACAAGGGGAGGAAGCACUUCAUUUUCGGGGAUCCUAAGAAGGUCAUUACCAAAGAUUUAGUGCAGGAGAAGUACCUAGAGUACCGCCAGGUGUUCAAUAGUGAUCCUCCAUGCUAUGAGUUCCUGUGGGGCUCUAGAGCCCAUGCUGAAACCACCAAGAUGAAAGUGCUAGAGUUUAUGGCUAAGAUCCAUAAUAUGGUCCCCACUGCCUUCCCAUCCUUGUAUGAGGAGGCUUUGAGAGAUGAGGAAGAGAGAGCCCAAGCUAGAGCUUCAGCCAAGGCUCGUAUUGCUGCCCGGGCCAGGGCCCGCUCCAGUGCCUUAGCCAGCAGUUCCUCCCACUCCAAAAGAGUCUGAGGCAGAUUCCUUACUUUGUUGUUAAAAAUAAGUCCACGUUCUAAGUAGUAGAAGGUUGGGGAGGGGCUGCAGAUUAUACUGUGUGUAACAUAUAUGUGUUUUUGUGUUCUAUGCUGUAUCUUGGAAAAUUUUAAAAAUAUUGUUCCUUUUAAUAGAAGAUUUAAGUAGCUUUGUAAUCCACACUUCUGAGUUAUAUUGCUCAAACACUGAUGCUAUGGGUGAGAUCUAAGUGUAAGAGUUUUAUUGUUUGUGUAACUGGAAAAGUUCCACCUUACCUAGUAAUUUGGAAUAAGGUAACAUGGCGAUGGAUGAGGCAUUACUUUGGAAAUGUGAAAAACUCAGCAUUGUAAUAGUUGUGGUCAAGAAAUGCAUAAAUAAAAGAUAAAAGUUCUUGGUUUCA